UUGAGUUAACCCGUGCCUGCCUUGACUUCCAUCGCGUCCCUGACACCAAGCAGAAGGGACAAAAGAAAAUUGAUGUAGUAGUAUUUUUUAUUGCUUUCAAAGAAUUUAUUUACAUUUAUUGGAUUUAAUAAGUUAGUGAAACACAGAGGCGAUGCCACGCAGGGCGCUUCGGUGUGUUGUGGACCUUAAACUGAGAGCGGUGACUGCUCCAGGGGUGUGGCUGCCCAGCAGGGAGGAUGUUUAUGUCAGCAUCAGUCUGUUUGGUCAGUACAAGAAUACAUGUCUCCUGGAGUCUGUGUUCCCAUUAAUCAUCAGAGAAGACUUCACAUUUGAGAAGACCUACUACACUGCCUUAGACCCAUCAGAAGUUGUGGACUAUUUAGAGGAUGAGUUGAUUGUGUUUGAGCUUUUACAACUGUCUGAGUUUGGAGGAGCAAACAGACUCGCCUCCUACUCAUCAAGUGCUCGUGACUUCCUAUAUCCCGCCCCAUCUCUUUCUCCAUGUUAUGCCUCAGGAGCCCGAGAAAUUCUCUUCCACAGGUCUAUUGACUUCCCGGGCAUAAGUCCAAAGCUAGAAUUUGUCUCCAUCACAAACAUCAAGGAAUCGUUGUCUCCAGAAUUAGAUGCUUUAGAGGAUUCUUUGAGAGAGGAGAGAAGAUCAAGGAGACGUUCCCGAUCCCGUAGUCGAUCCCGCCCCACGAGUCGCCCUUCAUCCCGAGCCUCCAUGAGGACUUUUGUAGACGUGGAUCCCGCAGAGGACCUCAAAUCCUACCACAAGCCAACCAUUUCUUCUAUUUGUCAUUCUAGGUCACCGUCCCCGGCUGCGCGCUGGAAAAGUGACGACGUGUAUGUACCCAAGCUCAACAGCACUGAGGGGCGACCUCCAUUUGUUGUUCGUCAUUUAGAAAAAUCCCUCAUUGGGAGAAUCCCAGGCAGCGGUGAUGGCCUCAAGGCCAAGACAAAGAAGAAGGUCAAACGUGGGAGGUCAAGGUCGCGUAGUCGAUCUGUUAGUGCUAUGUCCGACUCUGCGCUGCAUGCCUCCGUAAGUUCUCUACCAGAAAACAGAUGCUGUGUCUGUAGUACGUACAAAAAACACAUGGGGAGGAGAUACUGGGGUCACACCCUUAAUUAUCACCCUACAGGGCUGACCCCAAAGACUUACAAUGUCAGAAGACACAGCCCCAAGGUGCCUCUGAACCCCAGAAAACACAGCCCUAGGGUGCCUCUGAGCCCCAGGAAACACAGCCCCAGGGGUUCUGAAAGCCCUCUAGGGUCCAGUCCUGGGAAACCCCUCAGUCCACACAGACAUAGUCCCAGGAAGUGCCUCUUUCAGACUUCCUCACUGGACGGUGAUGACCCCCUCCCCCGAGCCUCACCCCGGCAGUUCCUCAGUGACGACGAAGAUGCUGAGGUGGCAGCCCUGACUGGAUCCGUUGAUGACCUUCGCCUGAGUCGUAGAUCAAGGUCCCCAAGCCCUUUGCUGUACCGUCCUUCCUUGAGGGAGAGGUAUGGCUUACGUCCCUUGACACCAACUGAAAAAUUGGAUCUUGACCUAAGAGUGGAACAAGCUCUGCGGCGUAGUCGCUCCAGAGAGAGACUGGCAAGGUUGGAGUUAGAACGAUCGCGAAGCAGAUCUAGGGAGAGAUUAGCCAGACUGGAGAUUGAACUGGCAGAGAAGAGAAGAGAAAGACUGGCACGAGAGGAGCUUGAGGAGUCUCUCCGACGAGCCCGAGCCAGCCCAACUCGAGUGCAUUUGGACGAUGGAACCUAUUGGUCUGAAAGAGCAGCAAAAUUUCAAGGAAAAUCUCAUCGCCAGGUGUUUAACGACAGUCUGAGUAAACUGUACUCCAAAAUGUACCGCGGGGCUCUGAGGGCGGGGCCGGUCUGAUAGUUACCUCAUCACUAGAUGUUAACUGUGAUAUUAGAUAGUGUCUGUGUAUUUAUAUCUAGGAUAAAAGCUAUGUGACUACAACCAGUUUCUGUUACCAGAAUAUUCAUGAGAAUGUUACUGUUAAUUUGUAUCUACUAAUUGUUGUGUAAAAUUUUAAUUUCUUGUACCUUUGAUUUUUGGACCCGGGUUCCAUAACUUUUAUCCCUGCUUGGUUUGUUUGACAAUACUCCGUAGGGGCCAGUGAUUUACAGGGUGUGUUAUUUGCUUGGGGGAGGCAAAAUUGAUACUAAACCAAAAUUAUUACUUUUCUAUUCCAUUCAAUACAAUAGGAUGGCUUAUAAGCUGAUUAUAAAGUGAGAGUUUUUAAGUGUCUGAUGAAAAAAAUUAUUCUGAUACUACAGGGUUUUAGUUUUUUAUUAAAUUUAUUUAUCCAUACUGCUUAUUUUCAACUAACUUAAAAGAAUUCCGUAGUCAAUUUCUUUUUUUUUAUAUACAGCACAAGUCUACACAUUAUAUUAAUUAAUAUUUGAUCAAUAUGCUUUUAUUGUAUCACCCUAAUUAUUUUACAUUUAUUUGUCAGUUAGAAAUUAAUUC